AUGGAGGAGCUCGCGCACGGCCUCGCCGCCACCAACAGCCCCUUCCUGUGGGUGGUCAGGGAGUCCGAGGUCGACAAGCUCCCCCGGGAUUUCGAGCCGGGGGAGAGGGGCCUCGUGGUGGCGUGGUGCGACCAGCCGGAGGUGCUGGCCCACCGCGCCGUGGCGUGCUUCUUGAGCCACUGCGGGUGGAACUCGACUCUGGAGGCGGUCGGGCACGGGGUGCCUGUGGUGGCCGUGCCGCAGUGGAUGGACCAGAAGACGGACGCCAAGUUUAUUGAGGAUGUGUGGGGAGUUGGGGUUGGGAUGGGAUUGUGUGAGAGUGGGAUUGUGGGGAGGAAGGAGAUUACGGUGUGUAUUGAGGGAGUUGUGGGAGGGGAGAGAGGGGUUGGGUUGAGAAGGAAGGUUUGUGAGUUGAAGAGAUUGGCUAAGGAGGCUGUGGGAUGUGCUGGGACUUCUACUAGUAAUAUUCAGCAUUUUGUAGAGGAACUUUUGCUUAGGUAG